AUGAGGAUUAUAUUUUUGCUUACCGCGCUGGUGGGCUUACUUCUUCUUUCAAUUACGCUUAACGCAGAGCGUAAAGGUAAGAUUUUUAGGCGUCUUAAAAAGAGAUCUGGCGGCUUGUUUUUCUCGAGUAAUGAAAAAUAUUUUCCUGGAAGUUUGCAGCAUAAUUUGUAUUAGUAAAAUCAAACGUUUGCAUCAUUUUUUCAUCCAACUCAAUAUAAUAUCUAGAAUGUUAUGAGCCAUUUAUCUAUCGUAUAAGUAAUCCUUUUUUUCUUAAAAAGGGACACUUUACACUUUUUUAAAAUCAUGUUUUGCGAAAGUCAAGCUUUAUUUCAGUUGCUAUGGUACCAAGAAUGUUACACGUGCGCAUUACUCCUUGCAUUAGCUCGCGCUUCGACGGUUGUUCGUGACGUGUUCAACAAAUAAUUCGGGAAGAGGAUAACAUUUUAUAGAUCUUUAACAUUACUGUGCGCCACAGACAAAACUUAACUCUGGUGUAAAAGCUAUGAAAAUUCUGAUCUUUUGGGUUCAGGGUUUUUAUAUGAUCUUGAAUUAUUUUUGUUCUUCAAGAAUCUUACCGUGAACUGUAAUCUGUAACCAAGUCAAGUUUACGCCACUUUCAGGCAAAGAUUUUAAAUCGAACUUGAUGACCAAGUUAACUUUUGGAAAGUUACAACCUCCUUUUGUUUCUGCAGACCUUGUAGUGGCUGAAAAACCAGAUUUCUUUUAUGAAGACUUUGCAAAUGGAGCAACUGUCAUCGGAAACUGGCAGGGAAAGGUAAAGGUUUCUUUAACGGCUGCGAUAAACUAAACUUGCCUGGUCCCUGUACGGCGUUUUCCCAGUCCCUCUCGGUCAAUUCGUUUCGGUGACGUAUCCGAGUCGAACUGGCGGGGAACAUGGACCACGUGACCCGAAACGCUUUGGCAGCGAGGAAAAAUGAGGCCUAGGGACUAGGAAAAAACUAAACCAUUAUAGAUAUUUAUAAUCACGUUUGCAGCAAAUGGCAAUUUUAAAUAACUUUGAAGUCUUGGAUUUUUAUCUUAACUUAUAUUUGUUAUUUAAAAGACUGGGCCUCACAUAACCCAAGUAACUGGAACUCUUAAAAUAUUGUUGGGACCACACCCCGUAGUUUGGUUUCAUACUGUUUACAAGAAGAGAUAAUUAAAAAAGCAUGAUAUAAAAGCGCUAACUUGAUAUUCAUUUACUUAUUUAGUUAGACUACUUAGUUUAUUCUCUUCUUUUCUUCAAACCUUUAUUUGUGUUCUUUGCUGCUCUCACGACAGAAUUAUAUCAUCAAGAUGCAAAUUAAGACCCUGAAACUUGACUUAAAAGUGGUUGUUCGAGAGACUGGCUCUGCACAAGGCGAUAUCUACAGUACUUUCCAAGAGGAACAGGUAACAGACCGCACACAGUGCAUGUCAGUGCGUUUGAACUUUCACCAAAGUAAAGUCACUAAAUGAUCAGUCAAACUUCAAAGCUUGCAUCUAAUUGCUAAAAGGCAAACAUAUUAUUUAUUUUCAUGAAUAAAAUGUCGUUGAUUGAUUUUCUGAUAGUUUCAAAAGAAGCGCACGUAGAUUAAAACUUUUUACCAUUGAACAAUCACAAGAUAAUAGUCCUAAAGCUCUUGAUCAGUUUCACUUUUACUUUUAAAAUUCUUGAUUUUUAUUUAGAAUCACGACUCGCAAACCUGUUUGAACCCAGAAAGUGUGCCUCUUCCAAAUCACUACAACAACCAAACUUGUGAGCCCAGGCCUCUGAGUCUAAUGGAGCAGACAUGGAACAAAUUACGCAGGAAUACAGUGGUGAUAACAGCUUGGACAUGGAACGGAGUAAACAGGGCAUCAAAAACAACUGUUGACUUUGUGGCGACAAUGACCUGUAAAUUUUGCGGUGGAGUUAAAUUUACGGCAGAGUAG